AGGUAUCGCGAGAUGACAGGAUUUUCCCCGCGAAGGAGAAGCGCGCUUUUUUCCCUGUCGGGGGUUUUGGUGAGCAGGCUGGGCCGGGAACUGCUGUGAGUUAUUAGCUCGCGGUAUUGCAGACUCUGAGAGGAGGGGACCUGGUUCCUGGGUGAGUGUCCAGGCAUGCCAGCGGAACGGCCCGCGGGCAGCGGCGGCUCACAAACUCCAGAAAUGGUUGAACAAUUAGACACUGCCGUGAUUACCCCAGCCAUGCUAGAAGAGGAAGAACAGCUCGAAGCUGCUGGACUAGAGAGAGAGCGGAAGAUGCUGGAAAAGGCUCGCAUGUCUUGGGAUAGAGAGUCGACAGAAAUUCGGUACCGUCGACUUCAACAUUUGCUUGAAAAAAGCAAUAUCUACUCCAAAUUUUUAUUGACGAAAAUGGAACAGCAACAAUUGGAGGAACAGAAGAAGAAAGAAAAAUUGGAGAGAAAAAAGGAGUCUUUAAAAGUUAAAAAGGGUAAAAAUUCAAUUGACACAAGUGAAGAGAAGCCAGUCAUGAGAAAGAAAAGAGGAAGAGAAGAUGAAUCAUACAAUAUUUCAGAGGUCAUGUCAAAAGAGGAAAUUUUGUCUGUGGUUAAAAAAAAUAAAAAGAAUGAGGAUGAAAACUCCUCUUCUACUAAUCUCUGUGUAGAAGAUCUUCAGAAAAAUAAAGAGUCGAAUAGUAUAAUUAAAGAUAGAUUGUCUCAAACGGUUAGGCAGAAUGCGAAAUUCUUUUUUGACCCAGUCCGGAAAUGUAAUGGUCAGCCAGUGCCUUUUCAACAACCAAAGCACUUCACAGGAGGAGUUAUGCGAUGGUACCAAGUAGAAGGCAUGGAAUGGCUUAGGAUGCUUUGGGAAAAUGGAAUUAAUGGCAUUUUAGCAGAUGAAAUGGGAUUGGGAAAGACAGUUCAGUGCAUUGCUACAAUUGCAUUGAUGAUUCAGAGAGGAGUACCAGGACCUUUUCUUGUCUGUGGCCCAUUAUCUACACUUCCUAACUGGAUGGCUGAGUUCAAAAGAUUUACACCAGAUAUCCCUACUAUGUUAUAUCAUGGAACCCAGGAGGAACGUCAAAAAUUGGUAAGGAAUAUUCACAAACGGCAAGGGACUCUGCAGAUUCAUCCUGUGGUGGUUACAUCAUUUGAAAUAGCCAUGAGAGACAGAAAUGCAUUACAGCAUUGCUAUUGGAAAUACUUAAUAGUAGAUGAAGGACACAGGAUUAAGAAUAUGAAGUGCCGUCUAAUCAGGGAGUUAAAACGAUUCAAUGCUGAUAACAAACUUCUUUUGACUGGUACUCCCUUGCAAAACAAUUUAUCAGAACUUUGGUCAUUGCUAAACUUUUUGUUGCCAGAUGUAUUUGAUGACUUGAAAAGCUUUGAGUCUUGGUUUGACAUCACCAGUCUUUCUGAAACUGCUGAAGAUAUUAUUGCUAAAGAAAGAGAACAGAACGUAUUGCAUAUGCUGCACCAGGUUUUCCAUGUUUUCUUAUUCUGUUUAAUGCACAGCUUUAACACAGAUCUAGAGGUGUUUAUCUUCUUAGUGAGUACACGAGCUGGUGGCCUGGGCAUUAAUCUGACUGCAGCAGAUACAGUUAUCAUUUAUGAUAGUGAUUGGAACCCCCAGUCGGAUCUCCAGGCCCAGGAUAGAUGUCAUAGAAUUGGUCAGACAAAGCCAGUUGUUGUUUAUCGCCUUGUUACAGCAAAUACUAUUGAUCAGAAAAUUGUGGAAAGAGCAGCUGCUAAAAGGAAACUGGAAAAGUUGAUCAUCCAUAAAAAUCAUUUCAAAGGCGGUCAAUCUGGAUUAAAUCUGUCUAAGAAUUUCCUAGAUCCUAAGGAAUUAAUGGAAUUAUUGAAAUCUAGAGAUUAUGAAAGGGAAAUAAAAGGAUCAAGAGAAAAGGUCAUUAGUGAUAAAGAUCUAGAAUUGUUGUUAGAUCGAAGUGAUCUUAUUGAUCAAAUGAAUGCUUCAGGACCAAUUAAAGAGAAGAUGGGGUUAUUCAAGAUACUAGAAAAUUCUGAAGAUUCCAGUCCUGAAUGUUUGUUUUAAACUGGAGCCCAAGAAUGGCUUUUAAAAGUUCUUGUUUGCAACUAGUGAUUUCCCUGUAUUGGGUUUGAAAUACAGAUUGUCCACUUAACCUUUUUUUAUUAUAUCAGUUGACAUGUAACUAGUACCAUGUAUACUUAAUUAGAUGGUAAUUUUCUGAGCCUUAUUACAAACAAAGAAGUAUCCAUAUUAAGUUUAGAUUUUCAGUUAAUUUUUGAGACUGAGUAUUAUUCUUGGAUACAGGCUGAUGUGUACUUAACCACUUCCAGAUUUAUACAGUCUUCCUGUGGAAGUUUAGUAAAUGUCUUUUUUUUUUUUAGUAAUACAGUUCAUGGGGUUUUGGUACUUCAGUUAUGAAGUAGGCUUUUCAUGGGGGGAGAUCGGGAUUAUGCUGUGUGUUUAAGAAACUGUUUUUCAAGUCUUACUUCUAUGAGAUAGUUUACCAAAUAAAUUUUCCUUAUGAGAUAA